UUUCUUUUUGCUUUUUCGCUCUGCAAUAUCUCCUCCUUCACUCUCUAUUUCUCCCUGUUUCGUAAAUGCCCUUGAACUUAUUUGUUAUUACUCCUCUUACCUCACAUGCUGUUGUACGGAACUAGGUUUUAAUCUCCUCUCAAGGCCAUUUCUUUGUCAGGGUUUGCAGAAAAUGUACGCACUAGGGAUUUUCGUUUCUGAAUUCUAGGGUUUCUCUGGAGGAAGAGAAGAUGAAAGGGCCUGGGAAAUCCGAAGUUUUGGACGUGUUUCCGGAGAUUGAUUUUGAGGAGAUAAAGGAUUGCAGCAUCUCAGAUGUGAUUUCUUUCCUGAAAUCCUCUUUCCGGGCGGAUGUUUUCGUGAAGGUCGAAAGUAUGCUGAGAUUGCGAGAAGGGAAGCUGGUGACUGAAAAGGAGGAGAUGGAGAGAAAUUUGAAGGAACUGGAGCUCGAGUUUCAAGAGAAACGUGAGAGUUUGGAGGAGUUGGAAUCGUAUAGGAGCCGUUGCGUGGAGCUGGAAGAGAGGAAUCGGAAAGCAGAAGUGGAUCUUGAGAAAAGUACAAGAGAGGCAGAAGAACGGUAUGUUUUGCUUGUUAAGAAGUUAGGGGAGAUGGAAUCUGUGAAGCUUGCCAUUGAAGAGGAGCUUGAGAAGUACAGGAGAACGUGCCAAAAGCUCAAAGAGCUGAUUACACGUCUGGAAGAAGAUCACAAGCUCAUGUGUGAAAAGGAACAGAGGCAUGAAGAAAUGAUUGCUAGUUUGAAGGAGACCAAUAAGAAGGAAAAGGAGGUUCAUGAGAAGUUCAUUCAACUCAAAGUAGAGAACAGGGAUUUGGAGAGUGGAAAACAGAGAGCAGAGAAUGAGAUGGAGGAUUACAAGAGGCGGUGUAGGGAAUUGGAAGCAAGGGUUUUGCAGUUAGAAGGAGAGAACUUGGUUUUGCGUGGCACUGCACAAGAAAAGAUGACAGUGGAAUCGAUAGAGUUUUUAGAUGUAGUUUGUUCUGAAGAGAAGGGGAAGAAGGAACCAUGUAACUCUGUUAGGAGUCAAAAUGGGGCGAAUGAUGGAAAGGGAAGUUCAGAUUCCAUGCUUUUGGCCCAUAUGAAAUUUGAAGGGAAAAUGUUGAAUUCUGGUGAAAUAAUUCAUGCGUCUGCUGAUGUUGGCUGUGCUCGCCAUUCUCCAGUUAGAGAGAAAGGUGUUAUUCAUGUUGCAGCAGACCCACCUUUUAUCAGCGUGCCAUCUGAGCCUUUCAUACAUGUUCAAGUUGAUAGUAUCGCUGACUGUUUAGUAACCAAAGAAGGGAAUGGCAGUCGAGUUAGAAAGCAGGUGUCACCCAAAGAUGGGAGCUCUGAUGGAAGGGUGGCCCCAACAGUGGUGAGGGGUACGGAAUUGGUGUCAGGAAGGGAGGUUGUGUUGAUUGUUGAUAGUGAUGAUGAAAUGGAAGCCAUACCUGCAUCAAACUUUAAUGUUGAGUGUAUUGAAAAAACUCAAGUUCCAUCUAAAUGCCUUUCAGGAAAAGCUCUGGAUAAUCAGAUGGAAAGAAGUCUCCAAAAGAGUUCAAAGAGGAAGUAUUCUGACCAGGGAAGUGAGAGUGCAGCUUUAGAAAAUGAUAGUAGUUGCAAGGAGAGUUUUACACCAUCCUUUACAACUAAAAGAAAACACUCUUCAAAAGUAAUAACCAGUGAUGAUGAGAGUGAGGAGGAUGAUAAUAUCCCCAUUUGCAAGCGUAAGUGGAAGAAACUUGCAGAGUUGUGUGAUAGUACUGAAAAACCAUCAAAAUCUCCCAUGAAUCAGUCUUGUGCAGCUCUAAGCUUCUCUUCUGGCAGUGACUGUGUUGAAGAAUCAAUAACCACUCCAAGGAGGCAUUUGGUUCCAUUACGACAAUGCGAAGAAACAAAAUGUGGGACAAAAAGAACUUCUGUAGAUUACUUGGCAGGGCAAAAACUAUCCCCAAGGACUGGGAAUUUGAUUUUGGGGACAAUCGAGACUUCAUAUAGGAUGCCAGAAAAAACGGCCUCUAAAAAUGUCAAAGAAGAUGAGGUGGAAGAUGCUGAGUCAGAUGGUGAAGAUGAAGGUUUAGGUGGAUUUAUUGUAAGGAUGCGCAGGGGCAAAGAAUCCUCAAAAUGGGAAUACGAGGCAGACAUGCUUUCUUCAUUUUCUAAGGAUCCUGUGCUCUGUAUGAGGGCUGUCUGUGCCAUCUAUCGUCGGCAAACAUCUGAGGAGAAAUCAGUACAAGGGUCAUCAUAUGUCAAAAACCGUGGGUUCAACAAGUUUGAUGUGCUAAAGGGCUCUGAUUUGGCAGAGUAUCUCAUGGAUGGGGAUCUUCAUGGCCCCCUAAUCAAGUCAGUGGAAGAAUUAGAGAAGCAUGAGCCAGGGGCGGUCGAGUAUUGCUCCCACCUAGCAUCCCACUACUCAAGGCAACUAUUUGAGAUUUAUCAGAACAAAGAGGAUUGCUUCUUCCCUUGAGGAUACAAAUGCCGUCUGAGGUCGAAUUAAAGCAGCCGGAAGUUGGGAUGAUGCUGGAAAGAAUAUUUGGAGAAUGACAACUUUGCUGUUUUCAACCAUCUCUCGAGGUCUGCUAGUGUGUCCAUGUUUUCCUGUGUGCAUAUGUUUGAACGUUUACUUCUCUCUCAGCUGCUUAGAUGUGCAUAAUACAUAAGUUGCAUAGAUGUCUUUCUUUUUUGAAUCAUUGGCAUGGGUGUAGAGAAUUGAGAGUUUCUUUUUUGAAUCAUUGGCAUGGGUGUAGAGAAUUGAGAGUUUCUUUUUUGAAUCAUUGGCAUGGGUGUAGAGAAUUGUCCCCUCUCUCAUUGUUCCA